AUUAUUAUUCCUCCGCAGGUGGUUGCCUAACGACGAGGUAUUUUCCGUUAUUUUUAAAUCUCAGUUGUUGUUUGAUUCCGAUGAAGCUGUUGAAUUAGUGUAACUAACAUAUCCGGAUUAAAUAUGUCACAAAACGAUAAAACGUGUUUGCCGCUAAUUAUUUAUUACAUGAGGGAGAAAUACUACACACAUGCUGAGGAGAAUUUAAAGUUGUAUAAUAAUGAUCCAGUGCUCCGGUUCUUCAAAACAUUUGCGACUCUGAUGGAAGGUAACACACAAGAGGCUUCGAGAGAGCUUCUUCAGCUGAGAGAUCAUCCUCAUCCGUCUCUGUGUUCAACAGUGGCUCUCAUACACAUACAGCAAACCUCUGAAACGAUUGAUCUAGUAGAAGCUGUGUAUGGAGACAGAGCAUUGUAUUACACAGCACUGCUCUUCUGGAUCCUGGAGCUCGAUCUCAGAGCCAGGACAUGUGUUGAAAAGAUGCUGAAACCCUCUGAAAGCUCCCCGGAGGGGCUUAUUCUGAAGGGCUGGAUGAUGUUGACCUCUGACACGGAAGAGGACAGACCUCAGGCUAUACGCUACUUUGACAGCGGUGUUCAGGACACUGGGAGUGUAUUAGGACUCAUGGGAAAAAUGGAGCAUGAUGAAACAUCGCCGAUCAGAUCCUCGUCUCUCAUCCAGACUUCAUCCCGGCGCUCCUCGUGAAGAUGAAGGUGUUGGUGUCUCUGCGUGACUGGGAGCAAACCGAGGCGGUCGCUCGGAGGUGUGUGUGCUACUCUCAGCUCAUCUCCUAAUCGAAAGGGUUAAGAUGUUCCUCAGUGCUUCUGCUUGACAUGUGCAGAGUUCUGGAGAGAGAUGAACGUGAUCUGAGAUGUUGACUGUCAUCGCUGCGGCUAAGGAGGAAAUAUGGAGCUGGUAAAUCUGUUCCUGAUUAUUUAGAUGCAUGACUGAUUGAGGUCAUUAUAGCACUAGGAAAGCUAAUGUGACAUUUGGUGCAUGAUGGACUAAAAUAGCAAACUAAAAGCUAAAUAAAAUGAAUAAAAACUGUUAAGUCUUAAGUGUACAUUUUUCGAAAUUGAGAGUUAUGCUUCAUCUAAAAGCUGAAUAAAUCAUAUUUUCAUUGAUGUUAGGAUCGAGACAUGUUUGUCUGAGAUACAACUAUUAUAAAUCUGGAAUCUGAGGGAGUAAAAAAAACCUAAAUAUUAAGAAAAUCAUCUUUAAAGUUGUUCAAAUGAAGUUAUAACCAAUGCAUAUUACUAAUCAAAAAUGAAGUUUUGAUAUAUUUACGGUAGGAGAUUUACUAAAUAUCUUCAUGGAACAUGAUCUUUAAUUAAUAUCCUAAUGAUUUUUGGCAUAAAAGAAAAAAAUAAGGAGCAUCAACACUUGAAAAUUAAAUAUGCCUUUACUAAGAUUGUUUUUAAUUCGAAUCUUUGAUGCAAUGUUUUGAUUUUUUUUUUUUUUUACUCAAAAAAUGUAAUUAAAAGACUCAGAUUCUUGGGGAAAUAUAAUAUUCACUUUUGUUCCUUUUACUUUAUUUGUACUUUUUAAAAAAUAUUAAUAAAUAUUGAAAUGGUACGUUGUAAAAAAAUAAAAAGAAAGGUAAAUAGGGUUUACUUAGAAACAACUUCACAAAUAAAUGCAUACCUAAAAUUAUAAAUACUGAAAGUGUUUUGAUAUAAAAAUGUUUUUGAAGUAUUCAUUUGAUCAAAAAUGUUUAAAAUCAACAUUAAUACAAAUAUUACAUCCCUAAGUGUGACACUUUUUUUCUUUCAUCUCUGUUUUGUCAUUGACCCACGAUUGUGUUUCAGGUGAAAGAGCGUCUUCAGGCUUUAAUGAGUGCGGUCGAGAUCUCUGAGCCCUGCAAUCCCAGCAUGCAUCUGGAGAUCACCGCAGCCAUCAGCCGACUCAUCCAGUUUAUACGCUUAUUUCUGUCAUUUAAUAGGUUCAGUAGAU